AACCGCAGGAGAAUAUAACUUUACAUUAUAGGUUGAUGGAGUUUGACUAUUUCAUUUUCACACAAAAUCUUUUUUACAGUAAAAAAUAAAUAAAAAUGUCACGCCGUUAUUUUUUGCCAUGUAACACAAAAUAUUUUUAAAGAAUCUUUACGCAGAUCUUUAGUAUACAACAACAAUUCAUAGUGAACACAUAUGUCAACCACCAUAAAAGUACAGUAUCAUAAAAAUGGUCCAUAUGACUUGAAUGCUAUAUUGCAAGUCUUCUGAAGUCACACAAUAGCUUUGUGUGAGAAACAGAUGGAAAAUAUUUCCUUCUGCCAUAGCUUUCAAAUCGAAUACAGUGUUAGGUAUUAACACAAUUAACGUCAAACCUGAGGUGUCCCUCGUCAACACCCUGAAGAAAAGUGACUCAUCCUCACACACAGCUUUUACAAGACUUUGUGGAGGAUGACAUACAUUGUCACUUUGAACUGUCAUUGAAUGGCAAGACCUGCCUAAAGAUUCUUCAGAAUUUCUCCAUUUGUGUUCCACAGAAAAUAUAACAGCAUACGGUUUGAAACGUCAUGAAGUGAGUUGUAGAGUGAAUAAAUAUACAACAUGAGGUGGAACGCUUCACAGAAGUCCAGCAGCUCCUUCUCAUGCUCUUUGGACUUAAACAACAUGACAGCAAAGGAAGACCUAGAGGCCAGUGAGACCCAGAUAUCCACUAUCCAAGUGGGAAUGCAAGGAGAGACACCAUGGAAUGGGCCCAGCCCGGAACGAGCCCAUGGUCGGGUCAAAGCGGAGGAGAAGGUCCGCAACUGGGGCUGGCUUCUAUCUGGAUUCAUCUCCAUGAACAUUCUCCUUCUGGGAAUUGCUUUAUUAAGCGGAAGUGUCUUUAACAAGAUCCAGAUCUCGUCUUCUCACCUGCAGAUCUUCCUCAUCUUACUUGUCAUGCUCACCACCAUGUGGAUGGUUUACUACAAAGUCCAUACUUCUAGAGUACACCAUGCAGUGCUUUACAAAGAUAGCCAUGCUGGACCAAUUUGGCUGAGAGGUGGCCUGGUUCUGUUCGGCAUCUGCAGUGUUAUCAUGGAUAUUUUAAAGAUAAUUUACUAUGUGGGUCACGUACAUUGUGAGUCACCUGUGAAGAUAGCCUUCCCUACUGUGCAAGCCGUGUUUGUCAUUGUCCAGACAUACAUCCUUUGGGUUCAUGCCAAAGACUGCGUACAGCUACAGCAAAACAUCACACGAUGUGGACUGAUGUUGACCUUGUCAACGAACCUCAUGGUGUGGAUGACAGCCGUGACAGAGGAAUCACUCCAUCAGACUGUGAUUCCAAAUGACAAUUCAUCUAACAGUUCCUCUAACACACCUCACAGCUUCAACGUCACAUUACAAGUCCGAAGUGAAUACACUGAGUGCCAGUGCAGCCAUGAUUCUUGCGAUACCUUUGAGAAGGCCUAUUACUACCUGUACCCCUUCAACAUUGAGUACAGCCUUUUUGCCUCAGCCAUGGCCUACGUCAUGUGGAAGAAUGUUGGGCGCCAAAUGGAUGAGCACCAUAGCCAUAAUCUCCGCUUUAGCCUAUGGGAUGUUCUGGUUGGUCCAGUGGCUGGCAUGAUCAUUCUGGUGGUGGGGCUUGCUACGUUUGUGGUGUAUGAAGUGGACAUAGCCAUGGAGGACACAAACAAAAGGCAGGAAGCUCUAAUAAUGCAUUACAUCAUGAACAUAGUGGCCAUUUUUCUGAUGUCCAUAGCAACUCUGGUCGGUUGUGUCCUCUUCCAUCACGAUAAGAGGGAACAAGUGUCGGGGAAGAACCCUACGCGGAGUCUGGAUGUGGGACUGCUCGUGGGAGCAUCUCUGGGCCAGUUCCUCAUCUGCUACUUCACUAUAGUCGCUGUUCUGGCGUCAGGAGUAAAUGGACAUGUGAAUGGCCUCAACCUGGCCUGUUCGAUUCUGACCGUGGUCCAGUUGUGUCUACAGAACGCCUUCCUCAUCACGGGUCUACACCGGGAGCCAUUCAAUGAGACAGCUGAGGCCACUGUCUUUGCCAAUGUCAUGGCUGUGCAGAGAGACCCAGAAAGACGGAGCAGCUCUAUUGUUCCGGCUCACACACUGCCCAUCCCCUUGACGCUGCUUCAGGGUCGGCUGUCCUGGAAGAGGAGGAUUCUUAAGGAGAUUUGUGCCUUCUUGUUAGUCUGCAAUGUCGUUCUUUGGAUCAUGCCUGCCUUUGGAGCCCGGCCUCAGUUUGACAACACUAUUGGAUUCGACGUCUAUAAAUUACAAACAUGGUCAGCCGUUGUGAAUAUCGGAAUGCCAUUUGGGAUCUUCUACCGUAUGCACUCAGUGGCCAGUCUUUUUGAGGUGUGCCUUGCCUCAUGAACAUACUGACCACUCAAGAACUGUUUAACUAGCUUAUGCACAUACCUUUGUAAUAUAUGUAUAUACACACCGAUCAGCCACAACAUUAAAACCACCUGC